AUGCGACAGCGCAUCUGCACAUUGAAGGCCAUGUUACAUUUGCUGGCGAUCUUCUCGUUGACGUGGGUGACGACGGCCAAUUAUUGCCCCGGCGGAGCGUAUCUUUACCAGGAUCAAUGUUACAUCCAGGCGUAUAGCGGAAAAUCUUCAUUUGACCACCAGCUAGGCCAGCCGAUCUGUGAACUAAUGGGCGGACGGUUGGCUCAACCGGGCAAUGCUCUCGAAAAUCAAAUCGCGGCAAAUAUCGGAGGGCCCCGCGCCCACCUGGGCGUGCGACGCUUCAACGGAACUUGGCGGUAUGCCGAUGGCACCACACUGACUUACCAAAAAUGGGCCAAUGGCACUGCCGAUGACGGAAAGAAUUGUGCUGCCUACAGCAGCGGAGGUGGCGAUUCAUCAUGGUAUCCGGUGGAUUGCAUGGAGCAGAUACCAUCCAUCUGCACUUUCCCAAGCCGCACGUUGUUCGAAUGCCCAGCCGGUUGGAGCUACAAUCGAUUCACCGAUUUUUGCUAUUACGCUCCGCCGUCGGACUUCUCGGUAAUCGGGACGAUCACGAUGGAAGACGCCGAAUUGCGAUGCCAAAGAAUGAAUGCAAAUCUUGUGUCGAUUCACAGCGAGGCGGAAAACGAUUUUGUCUUUGAUCUGGUCGGUCUGGCCUUCCAAAGGGGUAAUUAUUUGGAUUCCUGCGUGAGUGAGGGCCCUCGAUACGUGAUCGGCUACAACGGAACCGAAGGAGAACCGGAAGCCCAGUGGACCGAUGGAUCGCCAAUGAUCGUGAAGUUGACGCGUGUGUUGGGCGCACAUAGCUAUGGGAUUAGCUAUGCUUGCAAGGCCGACCAUGGUAGCGUUUGGCUACCAUCAUAUCAGGGAGAUAUGUUUGGAGGGUACAUCUGCAAAAUCAAGCCUACGGCACCGUUCCAUCCCAAGCCGGCCGUCAACCACGAAAAACGCACAAUC